AGAGCCUGUGCAGCAGUGCAGUAUAAUGAGAGCGCAGGCAAACCAGAGCGCCUCAUAGGGGGCUGCAUAUCGCUGCUGUUUCCUCUGCUCGGCGCUCUCUAGCCCGUCGCCAACCCACUCCAAUACCUCACCUAUAGCCCAUGCUCGGGCCCCCCCCCUCCUCCCCACUGGAUCCAUACCCUUCGACAUGGAUGUCCCGCGGUUCCUCGAUCCGGAUGAUUGUUGUUUCCUGGCGCAUUGAAGGUGGAGAAGGGAAAGGGAACAUGCCGGGACUGCUAAUGGAUUUAGGGAAAGCGCAAGUGACCAUGCCGUGAUCUUGCGCAUCCAGGGCCGCCGUCACCCUGUCUUGCCCAACGACCGUAAAAGCAUUACGGGGGAAUCGUACCCGCGCAACGGGGGGAUUAAACCACUGUGCAUUUUUUUAAAAACAACAUGAAGAUUACCUCCCACCAUCUGAUGAUAACCAGUCUCGUUUUCAGGUCCAACCUCAGGCUGAUCCCGCUUCUGCUCCUGCUUUUUGGUCACUCUCGCGGGAUGCCGCACGUUUUAAGAUUUGGAGGAAUAUUCGAAUCCAUCGAGAGCGGCCCCUCCGGAGCAGAGGAACUAGCCUUUAAAUUUGCCUUGAACACAAUCAACAGGAACCGCACCUUGCUCCCCAACACCACCCUGACGUAUGACAUCCAGAGAAUAAAUAUAUUCGACAGCUUCGAGGCCUCCAGGAAAGCAUGCGACCAGCUUUCCCUCGGGGUAGCAGCCAUUUUCGGCCCCUCGCACAGCUCGUCGGCUAACGCAGUCCAGUCCAUCUGCAACGCUCUGGGAGUGCCCCACAUCCAGACCAAGUGGAAGCACCAAGUGUCCGACAACAGGGACUCGUACUAUGUUAGCCUGUACCCCGACUUCUCGUCCCUCAGUAGAGCCAUCCUCGACCUGGUGCACUUCUUCAAAUGGAGGACAGUCACCGUGGUCUAUGACGACAGCACAGGUACAGGUCUCAUUCGACUCCAGGAGCUGAUCAAGGCGCCGUCGCGAUACAACAUUCGUCUGAAGAUUCGACAGCUGCCCACGGAGACCAAGGACGCCAAGCCACUUCUGAAGGAGAUGAAGAAAGCGAAAGAGUUUCAUGUCAUUUUUGACUGUGGGCACGAGAUGGCUGCCUGGAUCCUAAAACAAGCUCUGGCCAUGGGUAUGAUGACCGAAUACUACCACUACAUUUUUACUACCUUGGACCUGUUUGCCCUGGACAUGGAGCCGUACCGCUACAGUGGGGUCAACAUGACCGGGUUCCGUAUCCUCAACACAGAAAACUCUCAGGUGUCAUCAAUCAUAGAGAAGUGGUCCAUGGAGCGACUCCAGGCUCCACCCAAGCCGGACUCAGGCCUGCUGGAUGGCUUCAUGACGACGGACGCGGCGCUGAUGUACGACGCCGUGCACGUGGUGGCGGUGGCGGUGCAGCAGUCGCAGCAGAUCACCGUCAGCUCCCUGCAGUGCAACCGCCACAAGCCGUGGCGCUUCGGGGGCCGCUUCAUCGGCCUCAUCAAAGAGGCUCACUGGGAUGGUUUGACAGGACGGGUUCUCUUCAACAAGACCAACGGACUCAGGACCGACUUCGACCUGGAUGUCAUCAGUCUGAAAGAGGAAGGUCUGGAAAAGAUUGGAACAUGGGAUCCUCCCAGCGGUCUGAAUAUGACGGAGACUCACAGAAGCAAGACAUCCAAUAUCACGGACUCUCUGGCUAACAAAUCCCUGCGUGUCUCCACCAUACUGGAGGAGCCGUACGUGAUGUUCAAGAAGUCGGACAAGCCUCUGUACGGGAACGACCGCUUCGAGGGCUACUGCAUCGACCUGCUCAGGGAGCUCUCCGCCAUCCUGGGCUUCCGCUAUGAGGUGCGCUUGGUGGAGGACGGGAAGUACGGGGCGAUGGAUGAGGGCACGGGCCAGUGGAACGGCAUGGUGCGGGAGCUCAUGGACCACAAAGCGGACCUGGCAGUGGCUCCACUGGCCAUCACCUACGUCAGGGAGAAGGUCAUCGACUUCUCUAAGCCCUUUAUGACACUGGGGAUAAGUAUCCUGUAUCGCAAGCCCAACGGCACCAAUCCCGGGGUCUUCUCCUUCCUCAACCCCCUCUCGCCUGAUAUCUGGAUGUAUAUUCUGCUGGCUUGCUUGGGUGUCAGUUGUGUGCUGUUUGUCAUAGCCAGGUUUAGCCCCUACGAGUGGUACAACCCGCAUCCAUGCAACCCGGACUCGGAUGUAGUGGAAAACAAUUUUACGCUGCUCAAUAGUUUCUGGUUUGGAGUCGGGGCUCUCAUGCAGCAAGGCUCAGAGCUCAUGCCCAAGGCUCUGUCAACUCGAAUAGUGGGAGGCAUCUGGUGGUUCUUCACCCUCAUCAUCAUUUCCUCAUACACAGCCAACUUGGCUGCCUUCCUCACUGUGGAGAGGAUGGAGUCGCCCAUAGACUCAGCCGACGACCUGGCCAAGCAGACAAAGAUCCUGUACGGAGUGGUGGAGGACGGCGCGACCAUGACCUUCUUCAAGAAGACUAAAAUCUCCACCUAUGACAAGAUGUGGGAGUUCAUGAACAGCAGGAGGCAGUCGGUGAUGGUGAAGAACGUGGAGGAGGGCAUUCAGCGCGUCCUGACAUCCGACUACGCCUUCCUCAUGGAGUCCACCACCAUCGAGUUUGUCACCCAGCGCAACUGUAACCUCACGCAGAUCGGAGGCCUGAUAGACUCCAAAGCCUACGGAGUGGGAACGCCUAUGGGCUCCCCGUACAGAGACAAGAUCACCAUUGCCAUUCUGCAGCUCCAGGAGGAAGGGAAGCUGCACAUGAUGAAGGAGAAGUGGUGGCGGGGGAACGGCUGUCCGGAGGAGGAGAGCAAGGAGGCCAGCGCUCUGGGGGUCCAGAACAUUGGCGGGAUCUUCAUCGUGCUGGCUGCAGGACUGGUGCUGUCGGUGUUCGUGGCCGUGGGGGAGGUUCUUUACAAGUCUAAACAGAACGCACAGCUGGAAAAGCGCUCAUUCUGCAGCGCCAUGAUGGACGAGCUGCGCGUGUCUCUGAAGUGCCAGCGCCGUCUCAAACAGAAGCCCCAGCCGCCCGCCAUCGUGAAGACGGAGGAGGUCAUCAACAUGCACACGUUCAACGACAGGAGGCUCCCAGGAAAGGAGACCAUGGCUUGAAGGCCGCACACUGGGCCUCGGAGCGCGGAGGUCACGGGGGUCACGGGGUCACAGCAGCGCUGACUUGUCCACAGACUGGGGUUGGCAGCCAGAACAGGAUUCCUUUUGAACCCACCUGCUUAUGUAUAGAUGUUUCCUGUGGAAAUUUAGAUACCUGAGCAGAGUCACCUCACUGUGACGUUCAUUUUUGGAGGGUACCUGGAUAACGCUGAUUAUGUAUGUAAAUAAUAAAGAUCCUAGCAGGUUUGGGGCAAAACAUAGAGAAUGACGACACAGAAACAAAUGCCCAUCACUCACUCACUCACUUGCACACGCACGCACGCACAGGCACACACGCACGCACACACACACACACACACACACACCUGUGCAGAAGGGGGGAACUCUGUCGUGACAGUAACACCAGAUGUAGUUUUUCUGUUGAUGUCAAUGCCCUUUUGUCUUACCUCCAUUUGUGUGUGAACCCAUCGGACCCCUCCUUCAGUGGCUUGAAUUUCUUUCAGACGAUUUGAACGGACACUAACGUCACACAGACAAAAAGGGAUCAGUAGUCAGUGCCAAAUGAUUUACUAUGAACUGAUGUAUAAAAGCGAUAUUUAGUUUGGACCUUGUCAAAUACUCAUUGUUUUCUUCUGUAAUGCCUUUCUCGUGCCAAAGUUCUGCCAUUGUGAAGAACUUGCCUGUUCUGUUGGAAGCCUCUACAAGCAAUGUACCGUCAAAGCCCUUAUUCACGUCGGCCAUCACAUGCAGUCUGCGGUUUUCACUCUGUAUCAGUUGUUGUUUAAAAUGCAGGAUUUCUACAAAAAUGUUUGUUUUUGUACAAGAACAAGAAGUUUUGUAGUACUUUGUAUCAUGGUAGCCAUUCCUGUGGACAGAAUAUGUAGCAGAUGCCGAGUCAGCCCUCAAACUCCUUGACAGCUGGUGGCUACGGGGGCUUCAAACUCUGCUGUGCGAGGCUCAUCUCUCUCGUCCUCAUUCGUUUCUUCUUUUUUUUUUUGUUGUUUUGUUUUAGAGUCUCGUGGGGCCCGAAUGCGCACAGAGUCUCGAGAGUUGGUGGUGGGGGUGGGGGUGGGGGGUGAAGAAUGAGAUUGUGAAGGAAGUGCCACUCGAAGUAGGAAGACGCCGUCAUGAACGUACAACAAAUAUCGACUCUGUACCGACACAUGUCAAGCUCCAUUUUGUUAUCGUGCUACAUUUUAGCUUAGAAAAUGGAAAAAAAAGUUACAUGUUAUGAGAUUUUAUCAACCAAUAAAUAUACUUUUAACCAAAACCACACCCUAAACAAUCUUGACCUUGAAUCCCCUACGUUCAUUGUUUUCUAAUAUUUCUAUAUGAGCUGAUCUGCAGCUUCUGUUCAUCAGUAUUAGUGUUAAUGUUAGUCUGGCUGCUUCCUCUGAGGGCAGAUGGCUGCGUCGCAAUAAAAAGUGUCACUGGAAAAUCAUUUCAACAAACAGCUUGAAAUAAGUCGUAUCACUGGCAGAUACUUUUUACAUAUUUCAGACAAUAUUGUCUUUAGGACUCAAUAAUGAACAAAGUGACUUGAUAGGAUGUAGAUUUUCUCCUCACAGGCUCCAUUUAAUAGAUGUUGCGGGUUUCCCGGCCCCGUCGUUUAUCUUCAUCAGCAGAUGGAGUUCGCUCGUUCGUUGCAGCUUUUGUCGUCUGGUGUUUAGAACAAAUGGGAAACUGAAUGCGCUUUUUAACCGGGCGACUCCGUCGUAACACUGCUAAUUCUCCACCAUCCACUGUAUGAAUGUGUUUGGCUUUUUUUUUCCAGCUUCAACAGACACUGCUGAAAGCAUUGGUGUUGACUCGGGGCCGUGAUGAUGGCGAGAGCUGGCGCUGGAGCACAUAAUGACUUCAUUAGCUCUCUCCAGAUGUGUGUUGUGUUUGUCAGAGGGACGCGGUCCUUUUUGGCCCCACAGCGUGUUCCACGACGAGCACCGGUAGGUUCCUGUCGUCCGUCUGUCCUUCCACAGACGCCAGAGACUGAACCCAAGGGGUGCUGACAUCUCUGCUGUACAUGAAUGGAUGUAAUCAUUUAUUUACCACAAUAGGACAUUAUGACAGGGACAUCAUCUCCCAGUGCUGCUUGUCAUUUCCUCUACGACGCAAAAGUGGUGCAAGUGAUCGAAUACCUGAAAACCUUUAUUAGAAAUGGCUGCUGUCGCGGAGAGAAAAAAAAAACAACAACAAGCUUGUGGAAGUUGACGUUGAUGCAAGGUUUUUCAAAAUAAUGUCAUUAAAAUGUCAUAAUUAUA